UAAUGGAUAUCGAUCGACAUAUAUCAUCACUUCUUUCAGGAGGAUGUCUUCCAGAAAGAGAUCUUAAACUUGUCUGUGAACGAGCUAAGGAAAUCUUUCUUGAAGAAUCAAAUGUUUAACCUGUAAGAGCACCUGUUAAUGUUUGUGGAGACAUUCAUGGUAAAGAAUACAUUUACUUAUGCAGGUCAGUUUUAUGAUUUAUAAGCUUUGAUUAAAGAAGGAGGUGAUAUCCCUGAACAUAAUUACAUUUUCAUUGGAGAUUUUGUUGACAGAGGAUAUAAUAGUGUUGAAACAAUGGAAUAUUUGCUAUGUUUGAAAGGUAAGAAUAUUAUUAUAUUGAAUAAUAGUAAAAUAUCCAGGAAAUAUAGUGCUUCUUAGAGGAAAUCAUGAAUCAAGACAAUGCACUUAAGUAUAUGGAUUUUAUGAAGAAAUAUUGAGAAAGUAUGGAAAUAGUAGUCCAUGGAGAUUAUUUAUGGAUGUUUUUGAUUGUUUACCAUUAGCUGCCUUAAUAGAGGGUUAAAUAUUAUGUGUUCAUGGAGGUUUGUCUCCAGAUAUGAGAACAGUGGAUCAAAUAAGAACAAUUGAUAGAAAAGUUAAUUAAUAAUCUAUAUUUAAGAUUGAAAUUCCUCAUGAAGGUCCAUUUUGUGAUUUAAUGUGGUCAGAUCCAGAAGAAGUUGAAUACUGGGCUUUAAAUUCAAGAGGAGCAGGAUACUUAUUUGGAGCAAAAGUAACAAAAGAGUUUUGUAGAUUGAAUGAUCUUAGUUUAAUUUGUAGAGCUCAUUAAUUAGUAAUGGAAGGAUAUAAAUAUUGGUUCCCUGUAAUUAUUUAUAAAUAAUAGAAGGAUUAAAAUUUGGUUACUGUAUGGUCAGCUCCAAAUUAUUGUUAUAGAUGUGGAAAUAUUGCUUCAAUUCUUUGUUUGGACAAUUCUUUGUAAUCUACUUGGAAAACAUUCAGAGAGGUACCAGAAAGUGGCAAAAGCAUUAAUCCAAAGAAUGUUCUUCCUUAUUUCUUAUGAAAUAUUGU